ACGUUCGAAGUAUUCCCCUUCGAGAUAUGAAACAUAAAUAAACACAAAACUCUUUCAUCCUCCCAACUGUUUAUCUCCGACAAAUCGUUCAAACAUAAGUUUUUUCCUCUGUGGGCUUUAUCAAAAAGUUCAAACAUUCCAAGAUGAAAGUUGGGUUUUCGAAUUGUGCUGCUGUUUUUCUGCUGACAUUUUUGUUGAGCCUAGAAGCAGCUUUUGGAAUCAGAUUUGUGAUUGACAGAGAAGAGUGCUUCUCUCAUAAUGUUCAAUACGAAGGAGAUACCGUCCACAUUUCUUUCGUUGUUAUUAAGGUUGAUGCAUCGUGGCAUUAUACUCAAGACGGUGUUGAUCUCAUGGUGAAGGGGCCUUCCGGUGACAAGGUUCAUGAUUUUCGUGACAAGACUACCGAGAAGUAUGACUUUGUCGCUCAUCACAAAGGAGUCUAUCAGUUUUGCUUCACUAACAAAUCUCCUUAUCAUGAAACCAUAGAUUUCGAUUUACAUGUUAGCCAUUUUACGUACUAUGAUCAACACGCAAAAGAUGAGCACUUCAAUCCGUUGUUAGAACAGGUAUCAAAGUUAGAGGAGGCUCUUUACAACAUUCAAUUUGAGCAGCAUUGGCUAGAGGCUCAGACCGAACGACAGGCAAUAGCAAACGAAGCAAUGGGCCGGAGGGCAAUCCAUAAGGUUUUUUUCGAAUCAGCAGCGCUUGUUGGUGCCAGUCUUCUCCAAGUUUUCCUACUUCGCCGCCUUUUUGAACGGAAGCUUGGGAUGACUAGAGUCUAACCUUGACACAGCCACGACAUUUUAUCACAGUAGAAGAAUUUGACAUUUCAAUUGUUACUCCAUGCAUACAUUUUUUUUACUUUCUCGGCGAAUCGUUGAACACCAGUAACCGGAAAUUAUGUGCGUUUGUCCCUGGUGGUUCUUGUGGCUUGUGAAGAAUACACGUUCAUAUGCAAUGGCAAUCGAUCGAUAAUUUUGGUUGAUA